ACGAACCACCAGGAGUCCAUGACGAGCGACACGUUCACAAGCUAGCUACUGAUCUCUAGCUCUCCCCGUCUGUGCUCACUCGCCCCCACACCCCCCCCCCUCCCCGUGCUGGCAAUGGCGUCGACGGUCCCCGUCACCCGCCGCUUCACCAUCGCCUGCGGCCUGCUCAGUCAGUUCGUCAAGGCCAGCUCCCCGCAGCCGUCGUCGUCGUCGACGGCGGCGGCGGCUGGCCUCAUGGCCACAGCACCAGCGGCAACGCCUUUCAACGCUGCAGCGGUGCAAGAACCAAGAUGCGAGCCGGCCGCGGGCCGGGAGCAGCAGUUCACGAUCUUCUACGACGGGAGGGUGGUCGUGAUCGACCGGUGCGCGCCGGCCACGGCGGCUGAUCUGAUCCGCUACGCGGCGGCGGCGCAGGGCACCGCGCCGGAGGCGCCGGCGCCGGCGCUGGUGGACAUGCCGAUCGCGAGGAAGGCGUCGCUGCAGAGGUUCCUGGCGAAGCGCAAGGACAGGGCCACCGACAACGCGCGGCCGUCGUACGGCCCGCCGGCGAAGAAGGCGAAGGCUCCGGAGGAGAAGCGCGAUGACUGGCUCGCGCUGGGGAGCCUAGGAGACAUGCACUCGCGCUGAUCAUCGCCUCGAUAUCACCUCUGCGAUCUGAGACCUCGAUUGCCAUGACGCCAACUCGUCAUCUGGUAGCCAGUGGCCGAUCGACUUGGCAGUCUGGCUCACUUUCCAUUAACAACUUUGAGUUGGUUUAUCAUGGAGUAGAAUUAAGAGUACGUAAUUAGUCUUAGCAGUUACCCUAGUUAUUGCGGCAUAUAAGCACGGUCUCCGCAGGGCAAUGUCAUUGCCCUGACCCUUGAGUCGGUAGAGGUUUAUGGAUCUAACGAAGUAUGUUGUGUCCUGUUUGGAAUUUUUUUCUCCGAUUCCUACACGGACUCAAUUGAUUUUGAUAUACAAAUUUCUUAGUUUAUUGUGAAAUUCAUCUGCGCACAUGAUGAUAUGCCCCAUGAUCUAUAUACAAGACUCCCUGUAUUAAUUAAUUCUUUCUUGUAUUACACAUGUGGAUCGAUCUGUUCCAUGGUUUUAUUAUAGUAUAGCACAAUGUGAACGAGCUUUGUUGUUAUUUAUUUAUAAAAUACCAACAAAACAGGUGGUUGUAUUCCU